AUGGAGGAACUACCGAUCCACUCCAAGGAGGGAUAUAGGGAUACUUUUGAGCCUGCAAACAAUCCUGAUCGUCGUGCGCAUCCUACAUCAACCACCUAUUUGUGCCGAAUCGGUGUCAUCGCAUUGCUGUUGAUCGGCUGCCUUUCUCUUCUAAGGCCGUCUUUCUCACACUGUAAUGGCAUAGCUCGACAGACGGAGAGCUAUAAAGCUGAGGUCCAGGAAGGGGAUGACACCUAUCUACAACUGGGACGCUUUGCUUCUGAUGCACAUAGAACACUUGAGCAAACUAAGAUCCCACUGGAGGCUCAUAUCAUGAGCAAAUGCCCAGAUGCCCAGGACUGCUUACAAAAACUGGUCCUACCAGCCAUGGAAAAAAUCAGUGACAAGGUGGACUUCAAGCUAUCUUUUAUUGCCAGCGUAUCUAAAGUUAAUGAAGAGAUAGCGUGCAAGCAUGGCCCGGGUGAAUGCAUCGGCGACAUGCUUAUGCUGUGUGCGGCCAACCUCCCUUUCCCUCCCGCUGCGGACGAAGCGUCUCUUCCAUCUCAGUACCCCCGGACCCCCAUUAUCCGGUCGCUAGGAUUUGCAAAUUGUCUGAUCAAUGACUUCGCCCGGAUUCCAGACCGCGAAUUUGUCCACCAGUGUGCAAUGGAACAUGGUAUUGACUUUGAUGCGUUGAACAAGUGUGCAAGCCAGCAGAGCGAUGACCCGAACGAUGGCAAUGACGGCAGACCACCGCUCAGUGGCAUAGCGCUGCUACGCGAAAGCGCUCUGCGUGGUGAACAACUCGGUGUCAAGAUUAGUUGCACAGUUCGUCUGGAUGAUGCUGUCUGGUGCAUCCGCGAUAGCAAUGAAUGGAAGGACUGUGCCCAGAAUGGAGAAGGCAGCCAACCCUCAGCCCUGGUCGAUCAAGUUGAAAAGCUCUGGGAGGAGAGAAACUGA